CAAACAUGUUUGUCUAAUAAUUGUUUACUAAUAUUUUAGUUGUAAGAUGGCCUUAAGUCGUGGUUGUAAUCUUGAAUGUGUAGACGACUACCAAGCAGGCGAUGAAGUUAUUGAGUUCGUGGGGCCAGUUAAAAUUAUAUUAGUGGAUCCACCUAAGGACGCGUAUCGGAGGAGGGUUUUAGGUGCAGCAUGGAUCACUCUCGCACACAUGUUCAUGGGAGCUUCUGUGAUGACUAUGUUGUAUUACAGCCUCAGCUAUAGGACUGCAUCGAUUCCUAAUGCGUUACAUGUUUUUAUGUUUACAGUUGCGUUUCAACUUUUUAUGCCGUCAGCAAUUCUGUGUCAUAACAAACUAAAUGGUGCCGCGACUCAUAUGACAAUUGCAGACCGAACAUUUCACCACACCUUCCUUCAGUUGUGUUCCUUAGGAUGUCUGGUUGUUGGGUUCAUCGCUGUAUUACUGACGGACUACUUUGCUAUCACCGUUCAUAGCGUUCUGGGUAUGAUAGCAUGUGUCUUAGCGGUUAUAAAUAUUAUACCAGGAUUUAUUGUGAAUGGAAUGCUGAAAUUAUGGGUUGACGAGGAUAGAAUGGAAUAUACGGUGUUUCAAGUUACACAAGUGCAUAAAGUUAUAGGUGUUUUAUGUUUUGUGGCAUCAUCAGGCUGUUUCAUCACCGGGUUAUUGACCGACACGUUUGUCUUGUGGGUUCCAAUUAGAGAUAUGUCAACAAUUUCAAUAAUUUUUUGUUGUUAUUAUACUUUUGUUGUGAUAUACAAACCUUUACGACACUUACAAAUACUUUGAACAUGAAAA